AUGCUGCUCGGCCUUGUCCAGAUACGAGAUUUGGGAGCCUACUACCUCCUUACGAAACCUAUCAUUAUCAUGUCUGGUGUACAGGAACCUACUGGUGCGGUAGGGACAGACAAGGACAGAGGGGAGAGUGAAAUCUUGGUUAAUCAUCGGGUCAAGGAAGAGCACAAAGUCCUGGCCAGAAAAAUACCUUCAACAGAGAACGCGACCUCGCGCAAUGGGAUUCCGAAAGUCUUCUUUGAUGUCCGCAAUGACUCCGUUGCCAUGUUCCAUCAGUAUCAGGUGAAACUGGCAGGCAUUUAUGACCUGCAGGUCAUGGAGGUGGGCACCAGGGCACGUCCCGGGAAAUACUUGGCCGGGCUGGCCAAGUGUAUUUCGCGGGAUGCGCCCAUGACCCCCUUUGAGAAGGCCAUCUUCAAUUCUCGGCCCCUUUCGAAAGAUGUAGUGGAAUAUUGCGUACAAGACGUUCAAUUCUUGCCUCGACUGUGGCAGACCUACAGUCGGGCUCUUACUCCGACCUUAAGACGGAAGGUCCAGGCUGAGGUGAGAGAUCGGACCGUACUCAGCCAGUCUCCGCAGUUUAACGGCAAAGGAAUCAAUAUGGUCUUACCUCCACAGAUCUCAGAGACAGAGACAGAGUGUCCAAUCACAAACGACAAAGGCCAUGAUGUGAUUAUCUUGAUAGUUGUUUAG